AUGGUGUCCUUUUUGUCAUGGCUGUUCAGUGGCAAGGGAUCACAUCGGCAGCGUCCGGAGAGGGUUCAUACUGACACAGUGGUCAAGUUAGCGACCCUCGAGAAUUCUCUGAUGAUGCGAAGCAUGUGCAUGAACUGGACUUUCCGUUUCGAAGAAAAGUUGGACGUGGAUAUGCUACGGAGUUCUCUCGAAGAUCUGAUCAGCAAGGCCACAAAUUGGAAGAAACUCGGGGGGCGUUUCCGUGUUAACGACGAAGGACAACUUGAGCUUCAUAUCCCAGAAAGCUUUGAUCCGAAGCGGCCAGCAGUCCAGUUCACUCAUGAGGUUCAGGCAAAGAGCGUGCACGAGCACGUUCUGGAUGGAACGCUGCCCUAUUCCUGGGAUAGACCUUGCGUCCAAGAUACACCAGAAGAACUCGACGCACUGUUAGCUGGUCCUGAGGCGCCAAAGUGCCUGGACGACUGGUUAUACUCGGACAAGCCUGCGCUUGCAGUGCACGUCAUUACCUUCAUUGACGCCACAUUCAUCACACUUAAUUACUCACACAGUCUGGUUGAUGGCGUGGGUAAACGUGAGAUCAUGACGAAUUGGUGCAAGGUGCUCGCUGGGCGGAUGGCGGAUGUGACUCCCUUGGCCGAUUGGGAUGAGGACCCAAUGAGUGUUAUAUGUUGCUCUCCAAAUGCACACGAGGAGCGUUAUAUCCACGCGGAAGACCGGCUCGCUGGCUGGCGCAAAUGGUCUUGGGUUUUUCGGUUCAUCGCAGAUCGGUUCAAGAACCGGAAUAACUAUAGGCAGCGCAACAUCUUUAUUCCCGCCUCGACAAUGGCCCGACUAAGGCAAGAAGCUGAUGAGCAUGCUGCGGACAAGACAUACCUGAGCGAUAAUCAGCUCCUGACAGCCUGGCUACUCAGAUUGGCCUGCUCGCCCCUCAAAGGCUCACGUCGUCCAAUCGGCAUUACAUCAGCCGUCGACCUGCGAGGCUUCCAGCUCCACGGUCUGCGCUCCGGUACUGUCUACCUGCAGAACUUGCUCGCAUAUACCUGGAUCAACACUACAGCAACAUCGCUAUUAUGCUCGCCCCUGGGCACCGCGGCCGCUCUCUUGCGGACAAGCUUGAAGCCGCAGCUCACAUUACCCCAGGUACAGGCAGCUGCACAUCUGACUCAUGAUGCGAUCGGAAGGACGGGGACGCCAUAUUUCUUCACGGGGAAAGACAGCUUCCUUGUCUCGGUGAGCAGCCUGGCCAAGGCGAAGUAUUGGGAGGCAGUGGACUUUUCGCCGGCGAUUCUGAAGGCCGAGCCUGGGAACGAGCACGCGGGCAAGCCGUCCUGGCAGAGUAGCACACCGCGCUCAGGUAUGAAGCCAAGUUGUUUGGUCGUGAUCCAAGGGAGUGAUUUGAAGGGCAAUUGGUUCGCGCAGAUGGUGCUAUCGCAACGUACUUGGGAUAUCGUGGAGCACCAAUUGUCCAAUUUCUAG